AUGCAAGGUGAAAAUGGUCGUAUUUUAGCUACAGAACAUCAUUAUAUGGAGGACGAUCACAUACAACCAUGGUUAGAAGGAAUUGAUGGAAGCAGAAUAGGAAGAGUGCAGCAAAAUGUAAAAUAUAAAUAUGGCGUAACGGAACUAAAAAUGAAGGAUGCACAAAUGAAUGGAAAAAGAACUAAUCGCAUUUUGAAGGAAUCCACUUAUGAGGCGCAAAACUUUACGGACAACAAUGACAUAGGGGAAGAAGCAAAUGGAGAACAUAAAACAGACAGUAAAACGGAUAACGGGAGGAAUGUAAACAAUUUGGUCAUGUUAGAUUAUGAUAUGUCUGGAAGUGGGCAUCCAUCUGAGACCCUUGAUAAUGUUCCUGAAUUUGUGACUGAGCAUCAGGGAAAAUCUCUUAGAAAUUCCUCGGAAGGUGGUGGGCAUCCUUACGAUAUGGGUCAGACGAAAACAAUGUCUAGUGGUGUUAUGAAUGAUGCUUUUCUUCAAAGGAAGGUAAUGAAAAAUUGUAAUGAUAAGAGAAAACGUUGGGCAAGAGAUUGGCAAUGUCCAACUCAGAAGGAUGUUUGUAUACCAGAUCGAAGAUUUCAAUUAUGUAUGAUGGAACUUACGAAUUUAGAAAAUAAUAAAGACAAAAAUUCUGAUAAUGAUAUAAAAAUUCGGAAAUUGGAUUUAAAAAAUAAACUUAUCCAUGAUGCAACAGUAGAGGGUGAUUUAUUAUUGAAGAAGAAUAACUACAGAUAUAACAAAGUCUUCUGUAAGGAUAUAAGAUGGAGUUUGGAAGAUUUUGGAGAUAUAAUUAUGGGAACUGAUAUGGAAGGUAUUGGAUAUUCCAAAGUAGUGGAAGAUAAUUUGAGCAGCAUCUUUGGAACUGAUGAAAAGGGCCGAAUGGAUCGUAAGCAGUGGUGGAAUGAAUCUAAAGAAGAGAUUUGGAAAGCAUUGAUGUCCUCAGUUAAGACAAGAUGGGAUAAUAAAUUUGGAUUGAAGGAGAAGUUUGUAUGGAUUUGUGAAGAAAAUGUUGUGACAGAUGUGGAAGCGCAGAUAUAUAGAUGGAUUCGAGAAUGGGGAAUGGAUUAUGUGUCAGAAUUAUCCGCAGAACAAAAGAAACUGAAAGAAAAUUGUGACGGAAAAAUGAACGAUAAUGGUAAAAAAGUAUGUACGGUGUCUGCAUGCCAAAAUUCGUGUAAAUUAUACGAUAAAUGGAUAACCAAAAAAAAAACACAAUGGGAUAUUCUGUCAAAUAAAUUUAUAAGUGUUAAAAAGGAACAGAACAUCCAGACAGCAGAUAUCGCAGCACCUUAUGAUAUACUGAAACAGGAGUUAAAUGAAUUUAACGAGGUCGCUUUCCAGAAUGAAAUUAACAAACGUGAUAAUGUAUAUAUUGAUUUAUGCGUUUGUGCCGUUAAAGAGGUUAGCAGAAAUGCCCAGGAAAUAGUGGAAAAGGUAGAAAAGUCUCCUACAUCGAAUUCACCAAAUUUGGAGUCCACUACACAAUCUGCAAAUAAUAGUAAGGAGGAUCAGGUUAGGGGGGAUACUACGCACGGAAUUGUUAACAGUGGCGCAGAUAGUUCCACCACAGGUAAAGCUGCUACGGGGGAUGGUCAAAAUGAAAAUCACACACCUGCAGAAGACCAUGUACAGCGAAGUGAUAUUGCUCAAAAUGCACCUGGCGAAAAUGUUGAUGCGCAUAAAUCUGUAACUGCAGGGGGUGCUGACACUACGAGCACUACGGAUAUUGCAAAUAAUGGGAAGGAAAACUUGGACACAUCAGGUAGUCGACCUUCUGAGUCUACCGUUAAAGAAAAUAGCUCAGAUGAAAGUACUGUGAACAGUUUAUCUGUACCUAAGGAAAAUAGUGAACAGCCAUUGGUAACCACUCAUAACGGUUUGGGACCUUCGGAAGAUAAUAAUGAUAACAAUAAAUCCACGGAAUCUCAUGCGCCAAAUGCAAAUCCGAAAAUUGGGACUGUAGAUAGUAGUAAGGAUUCUGCGCACGGAAUCGUUAACACUGCCGAGGAUAGUUCUACCAUAAGUGCAGCUACUCCUGGUAAUGGCGGUUCGGCUGAUGUUAAACCUGUUGAAGAUCCUGCUACGACUGAGAAUGGUGGUGCUCAUGGUGACACUGCGCAAGGUUCUUUACCGAGUCCGUCGAAUGAUCCAUCAGUCCUUGCUGGACAAAAAGGAAAUUCUGAUGUUAGAAAAGAGGAAAGUGAAAAAAGCAAGGCUAACCUGGACGGAGAAAGUGUUCACAUUACCGAACAGGGAACUCCAACCAUUACUGAAACUCAACCUGAACAAUCUGAUAUUGCUGAUCCUGGUGUUGUUGGGGUUACUGGAAGUGACAAAACUGAGGGUGCAACUCCGUUAAGUGGAACUAAAAGUUUGGAAACAAACGAAAGUGUAUAUAAAACUACUAAUGAUACAACUGACAGUGUAGAAAAUACAAAUGGAGGAAGUGAAAGAGGUUUUCAAAAGCAUGAUUUUAACAAUAGUAAUAUGCCGAAUGGUGGGCCCAAUUCUAAUCAAACUGCACGUGUAGAUGAACAUCACAGGGGUAGCAUCAGGCAAGAUGAAGCAGAAAGGAGAGGGCAUAUGUAUCAAGAUAAUUCUAUGGAAAAUCCAAAUAGGUACCAAUUAUAUAGCCAUAAUAAUUUGAGUAAUGAUAAAUUAAAUAUAGACGAAUACCAACACAGAGAUGUAAAUGCAACAAGGGAAGAAAUUAUCCGUAUGUCUAAAGCACACAAGUGCAAUAAUAAUGUUUCCUUAAAGUACUGUAACUCUAUAGAAGACAGAAUGUCAUCGAGCACUUGUUCUAAAGAGGAAAGAGGAAAUUUAUGUUGUUCAAUAUCGGAUUUUUGUUUGAACUAUUUUGAGGUUUAUUCUUAUGAUUACCAUAAUUGCAUGAAAAAGGAAUUUGAAGAUCCAUCAUAUAAGUGCUUUACAAAAGGGAGCUUUACAAACAAGGCUUAUUUUGCCGCCGGGGGAGCGUUCCUGAUACUGUUGUUGUUAAUGGCCGCACGGAAUAUGAACGAUUAUGAUCCUGAAGAAGAAGCUUCAUUUAAUGAUUUCGAAGAAUACUCUGAUAAUAUUCAUAGAAUCCCGCUGAUUCCUGACGAUAUUGAACAUAUCCAAACGUCAACCCCCCUGGAUUAUUCAUGA